GUGGACUGUUUGUUCUGUGUUGUUGUUUACCCUGUGAACUUGUUUCUUGUCAGUGCUAUGCUAGGUCCACUUUUCAUUUUAUCUUAAUGCAGUGGGAGUUUUGAUAUGAAAUGGGGUGGCACUUGGGUGUGCUACAUAGAAGGAAAAUUAUUGUACAGUGGUGUCUUGAUGUACAAGUAUAAAGGAUGCCAGCUCACGCUGUACGAAUAUACAUUAGCAAAACCUCACUCCUCGAAGACUUCAAAAGUGUGUGCUGGCCGCCGGGUUCGCUGACAACAAAUCUUCAGUGGGGCUGGUGAACCGCCCUGGAUCUCUUGGUGUGGGUGGUGUCCUGUCGAUCGGGUCGUUCUGAGUUGGGCCCCUGGGCCCACCUUCCCCUUUUGGCUGGUGGGGUGAGGUACUAUGUCCCCAUUGUGCUGGCACAGCAAUCCCAGGGCACCUCUGUCAGUUAUUGUGCAUGCAAGAUGGUGUCACUUUACUUGCAUGUGUUUGCAGAGACACACCCGUGGGACUUAGUUGCUUGGUGUGGGGCCACUUCUGAAUUGCUAUAAACAACUUUCAUGACCUUACGAACGUCUUGGGUUGUCCCCUCACUAGCACUCCGUUUUGACAGAUGUUAAGAACACUCACCACACUCCAGUUGCACAGCCGGGUCAACUACCCUUAUCCUGCUCUCUUCUCUUCCUGUCCUGACCUGUCCUAUCCUACAUUGUCCUGUUCUCCUCUCACAGGGUGUAGCACUACUGUCCCGUACAAAACCCUAAUCCAAUGUGACAUUGUAGUGUGCAUAUAAUGCUUUUUUUAGCUAAUGUCCUGUCUUUCUUGUCUAUUUUCUGUCCUCUCCAUUUUCUUUUGUGCCACUCCCCUUCAAAACCUUGUUCUGUCCGACUGAAAAUUUCAGUAUCCAUCAUAAUACAUUAACACAAACAGUGGAGUAGCUCAUGUAGACAGAUAAUUAUGAAUGCUUUAUUAUUAUUAUCAUAGUCAAGAUUUUUGAGAAAAUUCUUUUUAAUCAACUCAGCAAUUUCUUGAACUGAAAUGGACUUUUUGACAAAUUUCAAUCAGGUUUCCAAACUCAUCACAGUACAGAAUCUGCUCUUAUCAAUGUGCUAAAUGAUAUAAGUUUGAAUACUGACUCGGGAAAGGUGUCAAUUCUGGUCUUGUUGGACCUCAGUGCGGCUUUUCAUACGGUAGAUCAUAAUAUACUGCUGAACAAGUUGGAAACGUGUUUAGGACUAAAUGGAACAGUCCUUAAAUGGUUCAGGUCCUACCUGGAGGGAAAGGAGUUAUUUUGUAACCAUUGGAAGUGUUCAAUCGAAUGGCAAUGACCUAUGGGGUCCCUCAAGGGACAGUUCUUGGACCCCUCCUAUUCAGCCUGUAUAUGCUACCCCUGGGUCAAAUUCUUCAGAACUUUAAUUUUGACUAUCAUAGCUAUGCAGAUGACACAUAGUUAUAUCCAGCAGUGUCUCCAGAUGACUACAGUUCAAUUGAGGUGUUGUGUCACUGUCUAAAACAGAUAAAUAACUGGAUGAGCCGAAAUUGUCUCUAAACCGCAACAAAACUGAGAUAAUUAUUUUUGGCAAUAAAGAAAAUAGGAUUGCUGUUAGUAAAUACCUGGAGUCACUCUCUUUAAAAACCAAAGACCAAGUCCGAAACCUUGGUGUUCUGAUAGAUUCCGACCUGACUUUCAACAGUCAUAUCAAAUCAAUUACUAAAACUCCCUUCUACCAUCUGAAGAACAUAUACAGGGUGAAAAUCUUGCACGUGUUAAGCAGACCAGGAGAAGCUCAUCCAUGCUUUUAUCUCAAGUAGACUUGACUAUUGUAAUGGUCUUCUGACUGGACUCCCUAAAAAGAGCAUUAAACAGCUGCAGCUCAUUCAGAAUGCUGCAGCUCAGGUUCUGACCAGAGCAAAGAGGUCAGAACUUAUUACUCGAAUUCUAAAGUCCUUACACUGGCUUCCAGUCAGCUUUAGAAUAGAUUUUAAAGUUCUGUGAUUGGCUGGCGACCAGUUCAGGGUGUACCCCGCCUCUCGCCCGAAGAUAGCUCGGAUAGGCUCCACCACGCUCGCGGCCCUUGUGACGAUAAAGCGGUGCAGAAAAUGGAUGGAUGGAUGGAUUACUCAAUGUUUUAUAAAGUACAAUAAAACACAAAGGUUUUGACUCUGCAUAACUGAAUUACAGACCCUGUAAAUCUACUGUAUGUGCCAUUUCCACUACUGACUACAUUACAGAAGUCUCAAAUAAAAAUUCCAACUAUUCAAAAUAUAACUACGCCUAGUCAGAAAGACGACGUUGAUUUCUACAAUAUUUAUUCCAGUUAAACUCAGCUUUUGAACAUAUUUUCACCUUGUGUGCCGCCACAUGACAGCACACAUGACGGCAGCUAAGUGAAUUGUGAAAAGGCAUUUUGGGGGCCACAAAUAAGCAGCCCGCUAUACGUUACUUUCCAUGGGGCAUAAUUGUAGAUUAAUAGUGACAAAAGCUAGAAAUUAUGUCAUUUGUUGUAAAGAAGCCUUCAUUAUUUCUAAAGUCAUUUUCUUUUAUUUAUCAAUUUCUUCCCCCAGAUGUUUUUCUGUAUAAGUGUUGGCUUUAUCAUUGCCUGGACGCCGUACGCCGUCGUUUCCUUCCUUUUCAUAUUCCACAAGGAGAACCAGUACAUGGCUCCAGAGGGCUUCGUUUUCCCCGCCCUCUUUGCCAAAAGUUCCCACAUCUACAACCCCUUCAUUUACUUCUACUUCAACAAGACAUUCCAGAAGGAGCUCCAGUCCCUGUUGGUCUCUUUCUGUCCCAAAAUGGGGGGGAAUCGGGUGGGCGUCCAGGUCGCUCCGAGCCACCUGGCUCCCGAGCCCAUCUAUAUCCAGCUCCAGGAGAGAGGUUACAUCCGCGAGGCCUUUGUUUUAUCUAAGGAUCAGACACGGAGCAAGAGCAAGAGUAAGAGCACGAGCAAGAGCACAGGCAAAGGAUCUGAAGGUACCAGCAGUGACCAUGUGCAAGCAAGACUGCUGAACACCUGCUGGGGGUCCUCACCAAUGAACGCCCAAAUCAUCUUGAAAAAGCAAACUACCAGCAAUUCUUUGCCAGCCUCUGUGAGCUCUCUUUAGACAAGGCUACUGCCCAGCUCAUUAUUAUUAUCAUUAUUAUUAGCGCCAAUGAAUUGUAUAGAGCCAGGCAGUGAAUUCAUUAGCAAACAUUCACAUUGUCGUCUCGCAUUCCCUAUAAAAGGUGCACUGUUACUUUGUUGAGGGUUUGUGGUUAAACAAGUUUGUACCCCAAUUAAAAGAUAUUGUUAUGUUCUGUGGUGUAUUAAGUAACGUUAGGGGUUAUUGUUCCUUGGUUAAUUUCUCUUUUUUGUGUCUCAACAGGCGGCACGGUGAGUGACUGGUUAGAGCGUCUGCCUCACAGUUCUGAGGACCGGGGUUCAAUCCCCGGCCCCGCCUGUGUGGAGUUUGCAUGUUCUCCCUGUGCCUGCGUGGGUUUUCUCCGGGCACUCCGGUUUCCUCCCACAUCCCAAAAACAUGCAUGCCAGGUUAAUUGACGACUCUAAAUUGCCCGUAGGUGUGAAUGUGAUUGCGAAUGGUUGUUUGUUUGUAUGUGCCCUGCGAUUGGCUGGCAACCAGUUCAGGGUGUACCCCGCCUCCUGCCCGAUGAUAGCUGGGAUAGGCUCCAGCACGGGCGCGACCCUAGUGAGGAGCAGCGGCUCAUAAAAUGGAUGGAUGGAUCGAUGUGUUUCAACACAGCAAUUCACACUCAAGGCCGCUGCAAUUUUUAGUUAGGGAUAUACAGUAAACCCCUCGUUAUUCGCUUGUGGAUUGGAGAAAGGGAAUAGGAUAGGGAAACAUUCUUACAAAAUGAACAAUUUGCGAAUUUUUUUUGUGCAUGGAAAGAAAGACAUUGAGCAUUGAUUUCAUGGCUUUGCCAGAAAUGCGCAAAUGUAUAUAUUUUUUUUGCUCACUGCUUGUUUUCAAUGGAUAUGAGGGUUGCAAUGAUUUGCUGUAUUGUAUUAGGCAGCACCAUUAUUAUUAUUUUUUUCUUCAUUUUGUCGCAGAGGAUAUAAUUUCAUUGAACUAUAACAAUGCUAAGAGAAAUACCAAUGUUAAGUAUUGCUCGACAACAUCAAACCUUACAGUACUAGCCCUGAACUUUGUGUAUACAGUACAGUACGAGGAUAUACGUACUGUAUUUUACUGUUCCCUCCUUGCGUCCCCAAAAAUUAUAAGUGAAUGAUGUGUAAAUGUAUGAAAAAACAACAACUAUUGCACUCAUUUCUUCAGAUGGCAAGUGCACAUAUUUAUAUUAAAUUAUUAAAUAUGUAUUCUCUGGCAGGUGUAGUCAGAAAUGUAUGUUUUUGUUGUAACGUGUGACUUUGAUAAGUCUUUGAGUAUGAAAUAAUUGAGUGUUAACCACCUGCAAGCAUGUCAGAUAUAUACAGUAUGUAAGUCAAUUAAAAAUAAUACAUCCUUUAAAAAUUGACACACAAGUGUGGACAAUACUGUUCUUUGAAGUUUUUGUGUUGUGCUUGUAUCAGUCUUUACAGGCUGUGGUUGCAUACUACCUACACUAUUGUUCUUUUUUUGAUAUACUAAUCUUCAAUGUAUUUAUUUAAUCUUUUUAUAUUUACAUAUGCUACUGAUUCUAAUUUUGUGACAUGAGGGAGAUAGUUUCAAAUAAAUCAAUAUACAAAUCCAGCAUCUGCAAAAAUUGUAUUAAGUGUUGUGUCGCCAACUUAUUGUGCACACAUGCACUCACACACAAACACACACACACAUACCAUUUAUGAUUCCCUCUACCAUACCAUUAUGUGCAAUUAUUACAUUACCAUGGCGGGAUGGUGGAAACUGGUUAAAACAUCUGCUUCACAGUUCUGAGGACCCGGGUUCAAAUCCGUCCUUGCCUGUGUGGAGUUUGCAUGUUCUUCCGGUGCCCGCGUGGGUUCCCUCCGGGCACUCCGGUUUCCUCCCACAUACCCAAAACAUGCAUGGUAGGUUAAUUAAACACUCUAAAUAGCCCGUCGGUGUGAAUGUCAUGUUAGUGUGAAUGGUUGUUUGUUUAUAUGUGCCCUGCGAAUGGCUGGUGACCAGUUCAGGGUGUACCCCCCCUCUCACCUGAAGAUAGCUGGGAUAGGCUCCAGCACGCCCGCCACCCUA